AAAGCGCUAGCAGUCAACGGUAGCCGCAGCCGACAGAGGGCUCGGUGCAACGAGCUUCUAAGCGGGCGUUUCAAGCAACGUCUGAAACAUUCGUUUUCGCACAAUCGCCGUAGCAAUGGCUGAAGACGACUCCAGCGUCUCAGGUGCUUCAUUUCCAGCCAUGGAUAACGCCAUUUCUCUUUACAUGUCGAAAGGACUGCGAAAUAGUCCUUUUCUCACGAUGAGGUUCGCGGUCGUCGGUGUGGACAGACAAAUGCGAGAGACACUGUGCGAUCAACUCGUCAAGUUGUCAGAAUGGCCCGAAUUUCGCCCGUGCACAUCCAACUCCUUCGAGUCGGUGGAAGCGCUUGGAGAAGUUCCAAGCAUCCAGAACAAUCUGCUUUGCGUAGUCAUCCUAGACAUCACUUCUCUAAUGAGCUGCACAAGUGUGAACAGUUGGCUAGAGAGCCUACGGAACCAGCAGUGUACCAGCAGAGUGUGCGUCAUUGUCCACAAUGCCCACAAGGUUGCCGAGUAUGCCUACCCUGCAGAUUACAUUCAAAAUCUGCGAACACAAAAGCCAUCCAUUUUGCUCCUGUUUCAUGGACUUGACCAGGGAAAAUGGCAGCCCCUCGUCGCCCAAGUUCUGCGAUGGGGUGAAAUAGCCUCUGGAUUUCGUGGGAGCAUGACAACGCAGUACUUGAGGAGCGUACUGCAGCCGCUCGACCCUUCGAAGUGGAAAGCAAACUGCUUGUUUGUCAAAGAUUAAUUCUGGAGUAGGAGGUAGCGCAAUAUGCGCUCACAUUGCGAACGCUCGCUACAAUAAAACCCUCGUUUCGUGGCACGUUCGAAAGAGCCAGAAAGACGAUAGGCUAGUAGCAUUUGUUGUGCUGCAAGCCUUAUAUGUAGUGUAGUUUCUUACUGAUAUUAUUACUGCAGAGAAUUUUUUUUUUUUAACGUUUUUAGAUUUCAUGAAAACUGGAAGGCUAGGUUUCUUAAUUAAGCUCUAGGUUGCAGGAUGGAAUCCCGGCCACGGCAGCUGCAUUUAGAUGGGGCGAAAUGCAAAAACGCCCGUGUACUGUGUAUUGGGUGCACGUUAAAGAACCCCAGGAGGUCGAAAUUAAUCGGAGCCCCCCACUACGGCGUGCCUCAUAAUCAGAUUGUGGUGUUGGCACGUGAGACCCCAUAAUUUAAUUUGAAUUUGCGAGUCUUUCCAUUGACCCUGUAAGUGCUGGUGCCGAUGCACACCCCUGGCUGUGCUUGAGUAAAGCUGCGUCACAUUUUCUGCAUGUCUCCCUCACAUUUCGCCAAAGAUAAUUCAUGAACAUGAAACAUCCGUAGACUGGUUGUGCCAUGUUCACAGCAGUUGGCUAAACAGCAAUUUUGUGGCAGGUUUUAUUUUUAUGAUGUGACAAACCUUAGUUUUUUGUCUGUCACUGUUGCUCGCGUCAAUUGUUUUUCGACCCAGCAGACUAACACAAAAAGCCCACGUGUUUUGUAAACAAUCAAGGAGAUUCUAGAAGUUCUUAUGAACUCCGAUUCAUGGGAAUUUGGUAUUGAUUACGCAGCAUCUUCAAAUGAUGACAGCAACAAAGAUUCCAUGUUGCCAGCAGAACACUAAUUAUCCCAAUUAAUAUCACUAACUAGCAUAAGUAAUAUGUUUUAAUGAUUUGCUGAUUCAGAAACUUUGUAUUAUGUUCAUCAACAUAUUGCCAAUAAAUAGCAUUUGAA